UUUAUUGGUGUACGCCGUUCGGGUGCUGCGGGAUUUUCCCUGUGCUUUGCGUUUUAAAUGGGCUGAAUCUUUGUAAUGUUGCCAUACAUGGAGAUACUGUAUACUUGGCUGCCAAGUCCCUGACUUUCAAACCAAGAAGAUUUUUUUUCCCUGUUCGGAUAUUGCAUUAUGCUCGAGUUUACAAUGGAACAAAGGAGACGCGUACCAAGAAGGCUGGGCCAGUAUUUGGCUGAAUGCAUCGUUACUGUGCUUGUAUUGAGUGGAGUCUCAGCCCAGUUAAAAUAUUCGAUCUCAGAGGAAGCAAAUGAAGGAACUGUGGUUGGAAAUAUCGCAAAGGAUCUGGAGUUGGAUAAAAGCACACUCAAAGACAGAAAGUAUCGGAUUGUUUCAAAUGACGCGGAACCUCUUUUUCGUGUAAAUCAAGACGAUGGAGUCCUUUAUGUCAGCCAAAAGAUCGACAGAGAGAAGGUGUGCUCGCAAAGUAGUACGUGUUUAUUAAACGUGAAAACGGUGCUGGAAAACCCGCUGGAGGUGCACUACGUCGUGGUAGAGGUGCUGGAUGUAAAUGACCACUCUCCGAUCUUCCAAGAGAAUGAACUCACGCUGGAAAUUUCUGAAUCCGUGUUUUCCGGAGCACGGUUUCAGCUGAGAGCUGCAAAAGAUCCAGAUAGUGGCCGUUUCUCUGUGCAGCAGUAUAAGCUUAACCAAAAUGAUCACUUUCGAUUGGAAGUUAAAGAUAAAGGCGAUGAUGGGAAAAUACCCGUUUUAAUUGUACAAAAACCUUUAGACAGAGAAACAGCAAAAAAACACUCCCUAGUACUCACAGCUAUGGAUGGAGAUAAACCCCCCAGAACAGGUAGUAUUAUUAUCCAGAUACACAUUUUAGAUGUAAACGACAAUGUUCCAGUUUUCUCCAGCGAUGCUUAUUCUGUGACGCUAAGAGAAAAUUCCCCAUUGGGAACAACAGUCGUACAGGUCAACGCAACAGAUUUAGAUGACGGAACAAACGGAGAGGUGAUUUAUUCACUCGGCAAAAGCACGAAUCAGCUCGCUUUAAAUAUUUUCGACAUUAACCCGAUAACUGGAGAUAUAACUGUCAAAGGUUUAAUAGACUACGAAGAGAGAGAUAAAUAUGAAAUUGAAAUUGAGGCAUCUGAUAAAGGAAUUGCUCCUCUGACUACUGAAAAAAGUGUUAAUAUAAAAAUUAUUGAUCUGAAUGAUAACGCUCCUGAGAUUGAGGUUACUUCAUUUUCCAGCUCAAUUCCUGAAGACUCCCGACCUGGAACUACAGUCGCUCUCAUCAGUGUAAAUGAUUUGGACUCUGGUGUUAAUGGGAAAGUGAUAUGCUCAAUGAGUGAGGACAUUCCAUUUACUUUAGCACCAACUAUUCAAGACAUCAUAUUCGCGUUAGUUACCAAAUACCCUCUGGACAGAGAGAAGCAAUCGCAUUAUGACUUGACGAUAUUUGCAAAAGAUGCAGGACAACCUCCACUGUCAUCUGAGAAAACAAUCAGCGUCGUGGUGUCAGAUGUGAAUGAUAACCGUCCAGAGUUUGUUUUGAGUCCAUAUACGUUUUAUAUUAGUGAGGCUAAUGAACCUGGGACGUCAAUAUUUUCCGUUAAAGCAUUUGACCGUGAUGAAAAUGAUAACGCACUAAUUUCAUACCAAGUUGUUAGAGGUGGAAAAGAGAAUGACAAAAUGACCUCAUUUCUCAACAUUAACUCUGAAACAGGCGAUAUUGUAGCACUGAAAAGUUUCGAC